CAACAUUCGCCGCGAACUAUACAGUUCUCAGACAACCUUCUCCCUCGUGGGUCUUAUCCUUCUUUUUCUUUAUUAAAUUCAUGCCAUUUCAUCCGCUGCGGUAUUUUAUGUUCUAGUCGGCUCUUACUUACAGUUGUUCUCAUAUGUUUCGCUGCUCACACCCAUUCCGUUCGCGAGGUACCCAGACCCGUCUCAGCCAGAUGGCGUCUCAUCUUUCUCAGUCGGCUGCCAGAAAGGCAGCUAGGGUUUCUCUAUCUGAGCUACCCAAGUCCAAUGUCUUCACCACGAAGCUUCCGCCAGAUCCUGCAUUCCCGACUCCGCAGGACUCGCACAAGGCUCCCAGGGAGACGCUAGGUCCGCGACUCGUGAAGGGCGCGAUGUAUACAUUUGUCCGCCCGGAAACAGCCGAGGAACCAGAACUCCUUGGGGUCAGCGCAAAAGCAAUGGAAGAUCUUGGUCUAAAGCCUGGAGAGGAAGAGAACCCUGAUUUCAAGGCCCUGGUGGCCGGGAAUAAAUUCUUCUGGGAUGAAGAAAAUGGUGGAAUCUACCCUUGGGCUCAAUGCUACGGAGGUUGGCAAUUUGGUUCAUGGGCUGGUCAGUUGGGAGACGGUCGUGCUAUCAGCUUGUUUGAGAGCGUCAAUCCCUCCACGGGAAAAAGAUACGAACUACAGUUGAAGGGUGCUGGAAAGACACCGUACUCGAGAUUUGCCGAUGGCAAAGCUGUUCUUCGGUCGAGCAUUCGUGAAUAUAUUGUCUCCGAAGCUCUAAAUGCACUGGGCGUGCCUACCACGAGAGCGCUCUCGCUCACUCUCCUUCCGAAAUCCAAGGUCUUGAGGGAACGCAUCGAACCCGGAGCGAUCGUGGCCCGUUUCGCUGAGACCUGGCUGAGGAUCGGAUCUUUCGACAUUCUCCGUGCACGCGGGGAUCGAGACCUGAUUAGGAAACUGGCGACAUUCAUUGCCGAGGAUGUCUUCCAGGGCUGGAAGUCUCUGCCUGCUGCCGUAUCUACAGAUUCCCCCGAGGUGGAUAACCCCCCCAGGGAUGUUCCAGAGAACGAGAUCCAGGGACCGGAGGGUGCAGAAGAGAAUCGUUUCACUAGACUCUACCGAGAAAUUGCAAGGAGAAACGCAAAGACCGUGGCAGCCUGGCAAGCUUACGGCUUCAUGAAUGGCGUGUUGAACACUGACAAUACCUCAAUCUACGGGCUAUCUCUCGACUACGGCCCAUUUGCCUUUAUGGACAAUUUCGAUUCUAGCUAUACACCGAAUCACGAUGAUCAUAUGCUGAGGUACAGUUACAAGAACCAGCCGACCAUUAUUUGGUGGAACCUUGUCAGACUCGGGGAGUCGCUCGGGGAGCUCAUCGGUGCUGGAGACCAGGUCGAUGAAGAGACCUUCGUCACCAAGGGCGUAACGGAAGAGUUCGCCCCAACCCUCAUCAAGCGCGCUGAAACCAUCAUCGGCAAGACAGGCGACGAGUACAGGACUGUCUUCCUGAACGAGUACAAGCGACUGAUGGGCAAACGGAUCGGUCUCAAGACACACAAGGAAUCUGACUUCCAGGAGCUGAAUUCCGAAUUGCUCGAUACGCUAGAAGCAUUAGAGCUUGAUUUCAACCACUUCUUCAGACGACUCUCAGAGCUAUCCUUAGCCGACCUCGAGACCGAAGAACAGCGAAAAGAGGCCGCUCGUGUCUUCUUCCACAACGAAGGCGUCGGAGGCGUCGGCAACACCGAAGACUCCGCUAAAGAACGAGUCGGACAAUGGCUCGCCAGCUGGAGAGAACGAGUCCUCGAAGACUGGAAACCCGAAGAGGACGAGGAAAGAAAGAAGCAAAUGAAAGCCAUCAACCCGAACUUCCUACCACGAGGAUGGAUCCUCGACGAAGUCAUCGAACGCGUUGAGCGCCGCGGCGAGCGUGAUAUUCUCAACCGCGUUAUGCACAUGGCUCUCAAUCCAUUCGAGGAUAAAUGGGGUGUGAACCCCGAAGAAGAGGAGCGAUUCACUGGAGACGUUCCCCGUUUCAAGAGAGCUAUGAUGUGCAGCUGCAGCUCUUAAGAUAAAGAAAAGAUUCUGAUACCGCAUAACUAUACACCGUUGCGCAUUAUGUCCUGUGCGAUUUUGGCCAUUGGGAAGGUAUAUAUAUGAACAUAUAUGGCUUGUUGUCCAGAAACAGUGGACAUAAGGAAGGAUCUUAUAGCAGAUAUAUUGUAAUUACGAUUGGGCAAAAUCAAUAGCUAACCAGGGUGAAAACAAAAGGUGGUUGAGAUAUUUAGGCACUGAUACCUUUGCAACUUGAUAUACUCUCGUUAUAGUCUAAAUGAUAUUUACUACUUCCGUCGCAA